CAGCAGCCGCCGCCUUGCUUCCCCACACCUCGCUGCGCCACGCCCACAGCAGCCGCUCCUGCUCUCUCACUCCCACACACCUUAGCUCGGCUACACAAGAGCUCCUCGAACGUCAUAACGCCUGCGCUUCCGCCGCUCGCCGCGCCUCCGCCAUGUCGUUCCUCUCCGGCGCCGACUGCGGCCCGUCCAACGGCCUCUCGUCGCUGCUCAAGCAUUCGCAGGCAGACCGCUCGCUGCAGGGCGACCGCACCGAAGCUGGGCCAGGUCCCGGCGCUGCGUCCUUCCGCCAGCGCCCUGCCGGUGCCGGCGGCCCAGCAGAUGCGCAGGCCUGGUUCGCGCAGCAGCAACAGCAUGGCGGCCCGCAGCAGUUCAGCGGGCCGCCGCCGAGCUCCUUUGAGUUCGAGAAGAUGCGCGCAGAGAUGGAGCGCAUGCAGAUGAACAACGGUGGUGGCGGAGGCUCUGGAGGAUCUGGCGGCUGGGCGCAGGAGAUGAACCGGCGUGGUGCGCCGCAGCAGCACAUGAACAUGGGCCCGCAGUCUGGCAACCAAGGCUCAGCGUGGAGCUCUCAGUUCGCGUCCGCAGGCCACGCCUCAGCUCCCCAGCAAGAGGCACCAGGUGCCUCUGCGACCCGCUCAGGCGGCUACGGCGGCUUCGGCAUGCUCGGCGGCGGCAUGGGUGGCAUGGGCAUGAUCGGCGGCGGCAUGGGCAGCAUGUUUGCCAAUCGUGCUGCGCAGCAGCAGCAGCCGCAGCAGAGCAGCUCGCGCUUCACCGAGCUCUCGGACAAGCAGUGGGAGGACGAGUUCGCGCGCCUCGAUGCCGAGGCCACUGCGGACAAAGGAAAGGGCAAGGCUGCGGAGCCGGAGCAGGGCCAGGCCGAGGACGAGGACCGGCGAGUGCGGGAAGCGCUGGACCGCCUCGAGAGCGACAUCCAGGAGGACGGCUACGAGGGCGACCGCCGCUUCGAGGAGCUCUGGAACGCCAUGCACGCUGGUGGCGCUGUGCCGCCGUCGGGUGCUGAUGCCGACGUGGCCCGCUUCGAGGAGGAGCUGCAGCGGCAGCGCGAGCGCAACGCCGAGGAGGACGACGAGGCCUUCGAGUUCUACAACCAUCCCUCUGGCGGACUCGGUGGCGGCAUCCAGGGCCUGAAUGAGACUGGACGCCUUGACGGCACCGAGGACGCGCUGCUCGACGGCUUCGGCACUGUGGGCGUCGAUGGCUUCCCGCGCCUGGGCGGCUACCGCUUCGCGCAGGACAACCCGUUCAUGACGCACGAGGCGCCGCUCGCCGAAGGCCUGCGUCUUCUUGCCAACGGCGGCUCGCUUGCCGACGCUGCGCUGCUCUUUGAGGCCGCGACGCAGCGCGACGCCGCGGGCGGCACUGGCGGCGAGCAGGGCGAGGUCAGCCGUGCGCUGCGCGAGCGCUCAGAGGCUUGGCGCCGCCUCGGCGAGGCGAUGGCCAUGAAUGAGCGCGAGACGCAGGCGAUCCGCGCGCUCGAGGAGGCGAUCAAGCUGGACGAGAACAACCUUGAGGCGUACAUGUCGCUGGCCAUCUCGUACAUCAACGAAGGCUACGACGCCGCUGCGCAUUCGACGUUGGAGCGGUACAUGUCGCGCGCCUACCCGCACCUCAAGCCCGACCCGCUGCCGGAGUCCAUCUCGGGCACCAAGGACCCGCUGCAGGGGACCGACGGCAACCCGUGGGCCUCGCUGAACCGCGCCACGUCGCUCUUCCUGGCGGCUGCGCGCGAGGGUGCCGCGAAGGGCACGAUCGACCCGGAGGUGCAGGUCGGGCUCGGCGUGCUCUUCUACAGCAACAGCAGCUACGAGCAGGCGCGCGACUGCUUCAACACGGCGCUGCAGGCGCGCCCGAACGACUUUCUGCUGUGGAACCGCCUUGGUGCCACGCUAGCGAACAGCGGCAAGCCCGAGGACGCCAUCGAGGCGUACCACAAGGCGCUCGAGCUGCGGCCAACGUUCACGCGCGCCAUCUACAACCUCUCGGUCGCCUGCCUCAACCUCGGCGCACACCACGAGGCUGCCGAGCACCUGCUUGCUGCUCUUUCGCUGCAGCAGUCGCACGAGGCGCCCAACGUGCCAGACGGCGCCUCGGCACCGCGCCCGCCGCCGCUGGCCGAGGCGCAGGAGUCGCACAACCUCUGGAGCACGCUGCGUCGCAUCUUCCUUGUGAUGGACCGCAUGGAUCUCGCGCAGCAGGCACACGUCGGCUCCGACCUCGGCCAAUUUCGAGCUGAGGGAUUCGAGUUUUGAGCUGCGCGCCAAGCAUAGCGUCGAGAACGCACCAGCGCCGCCAUCCACCGCCACUGAGCAGGACGUGGACUGGGAUGCCGACGGCGCACCGCAGGGCAUGGGCGGCUGCUGGGGCCGCUGGAACCAGGCGUCAUUCAGCGCGGACGCACCUAUCUAAUGAACGCAUGUGCAUCGCCAACAGCCUGUCGCCUCUCCAGUCACACCACACGCUCGAUGUGUACCAAAGCUGAU